AUGGCUGUAGAUGGGGAGACAAGCGAGAUUGCUGAAGCAGUGAAAGGGCUGUUUGGUUUGGUGAAAGGAGAGUUGGCUACAGUGAAGGGGGAGCUGGUGGCAGUUAGGGACGAGGUGGCACUACAGAAGGAGCGAGUGGUGAUGCUGGAGGAGAGGAAUCGGGUGUUGGAUAAGGAGGUGAAUGAGUUGAUGCGUGCUGUAGGGGAGAAGAGUACGGCGGCUGCUGCUGUGGUGGAGAUGAGGGGGGAAGAAGUAGCACUAGUGAAAGGGGAGUUGAUUGCAGUGAGGGAGGAGUUGGCUGAGCACAAGGCUAGUAUGGUGGAGAAAUGGGAUAUGGUUGAGAGAAAAAGAGAGUCGGAUAUGAGAGAACUGAGGGAGGCGAAUACAAAGGGAGAGCAGAAAAUGAAAGCGGAGUUAUCAAAGGUGAGGGAGGAGUGGAAAGGUGGGGUGCAGAGUGUGAGUGAGGCUGUUGAGGCUGUCAUGGCAAGUAUGGCCACAGCACACAUGGAGAAAGAGGCGAUGGAGAUGAAAAUGAGGGCGCUUGGCGUGCAGCUGGAGGAGACAAGGAGGGAGUUGGCAGCAGCCAAAGGAGAGUUGGCUGAAUACAGGAGCUUCGUUACAGGGCAGGCUGAGGAGAUCACAACAGCCAAAGGGGAGUUAGGAGAACAGAAGAACUCGAUGCGAGGGCUUGCAGAGAAAUUGGCGGCAGUCAACGGGGAGUUGGUGGCAGCCAAGGAGGAAUUGGCUGCACAAAUAAACUCGUUGACAGGGCAAGCAGAGGAGCUGGCAGCAGUUAAGGGAGAAUUAGCAGAAAUCAAAACGGAAUUUGCAGAAGGCAAAGGGGAGGUGGCAGCAGUGAAACGGGAGGUGGCUGAGCAGACAAAUCGUGUGCCCAAGCUUGAAGUUGCAUUUGAGGAAGCCUUGCUUUCCCUUGUGCGAGGUGAUUGGGGAAGCCCACAAGCAAUGGAGGCUGUGUCGUCGGCAUUCAGUGGGGAGACCAAACGACGUACAAUCUUGGACUUGAAAGAUCUCUCCAACCUGUCAGACCUGGCCCUUCACGUUGUGUCCACAAUGGCCCACUUGAAAAAGAUAUGGUUGAACAAGUCCUCAGGCUUCAGUGCAGAGGGCAUCAAGCACCUCUACAGGCUGCCACAGGAGCUGACAUCGUUAGAUCUCAAAGAAACGCCCGUUUCAGAUGGUGCCUUGGAAGGCAUUGGGGGAGUGAGGAGACUUGAGUGGUUGGUUGUUAGCAGCACCAAUGUGACCGAUGCUGGCCUACUGCACCUCACAGGUCUUUCCUCACUCAAGGUCCUCUCGAUUUCUGGGUGCAAGGGUGUCACAUCUGCUGGCAUGGAACGUGUGGGGGGAUUGGCAAGCCUUGAGCAGUUAUGGGCGAGUGCUACUGGAGUGAAGAAUGAUGGGCUGCAGCACUUGACCUCCUUGACCCGGCUGAAGCUCCUCUCUGUUGGACCCGGGUGCUCCAAUGUUGACAUGGAGCACAUCGUGCAGCUGACUAGUUUGGAAGAUCUAAGGCUGUGGGGAGGUGCGGUGACUCAUACAGGGGCACAGUGCUUGCAACGCCUGCCUUGUCUGAAAAGGUUUCGAUCAAGCAUUGAUGGUUUGGAGGCUCGUGUGAAGGCCCUGCUUCCUGGAGUAAGGGUGGGCGGUUAG